AUGCCCAGAAGCACUAGGUGUAGCAUUAAUUUCAGUGCAUCAGAUGGUGUCGUCUUAAAGGCGGUUUCUCAUCCUUCGGAUACCCAUCCUUCGGAUACCCAUCCUUCGGAUACCCAUCCUUCGGAUACCCAUCCUUCGGAUACCCAUCCUUCGGAUACCCAUCCUUCGGAUACCCAUCCUUCGGAUUCCCAUCCUUCGGAUUCCCAUCCUUCGGAUUCCCAUCCUUCGGAUUCCCAUCCUUCGGAUUCCCAUCCUUCGGAUACUCAUCCUUCGGAUACUCAUCCUUCGGAUACCCAUCCUUCGGAUUCCCAGCCUUCGGAUUCUCAGCCUUCUGAUUCCCAUCCUUCGGAUUCCCAUCCUUCGGAUUCCCAUCCUUCGGAUUCCCAUCCUUUGGAUUCCCAUCCUUCGGAUUCCCAUCCUUCGGAUUCCCAUCCUUCGGAUUCCCAUCCUUCGGAUUCCCAUCCUUCGGAUUCCCAUCCUUCGGAUUCUCAUCCUUCGGAUUCCCAUCCUUCGGAUUCCCAUCCUUCGGAUUCCCAUCCUUCGGAUUCCCAUCCUUCGGAUUCCCAUCCUUCGGAUUCCCAUCCUUCGGAUUCCCAUCCUUCGGAUUCCCAUCCUUCGGAUUCCCAUCCUUCGGAUUCCCAUCCUUCGGAUUCCCAUCCUUCGGAUUCCCAUCCUUCGGAUUCCCAUCCUUCGGAUUCCCAUCCUUCGGAUUCCCAUCCUUCGGAUUCCCAUCCUUCGGAUUCCCAUCCUUCGGAUUCCCAUCCUUCGGAUUCCCAUGACUGCCAUCCUCCGGAUUUCCAUCCUACGGAUUCCCAUCCUCCGGAUUCCCAUCCUCCGGAUUCCCAUCCUUCGGAUUCCCAUCCUCCGGAUUCCCAUCCUCCGGAUUCCCAUCCUCCGGAUUCCCAUCCUCCGGAUUCCCAUCCUCCGGAUUCCCAUCCUCCGGAUUCCCAUCCUCCGGAUUCCCAUCCUCCGGAUUCCCAUCCUCCGGAUUCCCAUCCUCCGGAUUCCCAUCCUCCGGAUUCCCAUCCUCCGGAUUCCAAUCCUCCGGAUUCCCAUCCUCCGGAUUCCCAUCCUCCGGAAUCCCAUCCUCCGGAUUCCCAUCCUCCGGAUUCCCAUCCUUCCGAUAAAGACCUAACGGUAGUGGCCUUGGAAAAACCCCGCAAACCAUUACUGGUCCUGACCUCCAUGUACCUAACCUACGAUGUGAACAACCCCCCUACAGACACAGCCUGGGCCCUGGUUGGUUGGUAA